AUGCACCGCAGAGCCGUGGCGCAGCAGAAGGAGCUCGGCGCGUUCCUGGAUGAGCCAGCAAGCGUGCGGCUGCUGAGCGCGCUGCGCUUGCGGGUGGACCGAGGCGGGCCUGGAGGCGCCGACGCGGCCGCGGAGGAGCUGAUGCGGGAGUACGACGCGCGCUGGCGGAGGCUGGCGGAGGGCAAGGCCUGCGAGCUGCGGAUGCACGAGCGCCAGGACGGGGGCCCCCGUGCAGACGCUGGCCCCGUCAUGAACGACUCGGGACGAAGGGCCAAGGACGGCAUGCUGGAGUGGGAGAGGGGCAACGUGGCCGAGGCCCACGCCUCGUGGUACCAGGCCGACGACGCGCUCCGGAGGUUCAAGGCCUUGGGCGGAGGCGUGGUUCCGCAGGGCCCUGGCGUGCGAGGGCAUCGGCAGGCUCGGGGACGCCGCGCUGGCCCUGCGGUGGCCCACCCGAUACUCGUUGCCACAGCGCCACAUCGUGCCGGUGCCGCGGCACAUCUGCAGGCACGAGUCCGUCCCGGUCGGUUCCCGGCCCGCCUGCGUGGCCUUCCGUGGCGCCAUGGGCGCAGGGCCCCUGUGGCUCGCGGUCCACGCCCAGCGCGGCGGCGCGCAGAGGGGGCGGGGGCUGGGCAGGACCCCGGAGGCGGAGGUGCAGCCAGAGCCGCCGCCCAACACUGGGAAGAGCAGCUCGCCCCUCUGGCUGCGGGCGGGCGUGCCGAGCAGGCCGGUCCCAGAGCUGCUGCUGCUGCAGCGGGACGCGAGGCUGUCGCGGCAGUCGGCUGCGGCACUGGAUCUUCCCACGGGCGCGCGGCCGCCCCAGUCGGCCGAGCCGAGGGGGGGCGGCCCGAGCGGCCCCCGCGCGGGAACGCGACUGCGCUGGAGGAGCCUUCCUUCAACAACACCGUGCUGGAGGGCUUUCUCGGGUUGACCGCUGUCGUCCUUGGGGGCUGCACGACGAUGCUCUUCUGGCAGAUGAGGGGUGGCUCCAAGCUGGCGAACUCGCAUUUCGGUCCCAAGCAGCAGGAGAGACAGGCCACCGUGGACAUGCGCGAGCCAGGGCUGCCGCCGCCCCCGCUCGAGAGCCGCCCCGCUCGGCCCCGCUCAGCGGAGCCGGGCCGCGGCCCAGCGGCUUCCGACGCGGACCUCGCUGGCGCCCGACCUGCCCGAGGGCCGUGCCGGCUACCGCUGAGGCCGCAGCAGGCCGUGGGAGGAGCCGCCCGCGCGGGGAGCGGCGGCAGGCUGCUGCUGCCCAGCGUGGCGUCCAGGACGGCUGCGGCCUCGCGGCGCGGCCGCUGCACUGGCGCGGCAGGCGAGCAGGCGCCGCCGCGCCGCUCCACGGAAGGCCGCCCCAGAAGGGUGCGCUCCCCAGGGCCCCGGCGGCCCCCGGCCGUGGGCCCGCGCGGCCGCGGCCGGGGCGGCGCCGGCGCCGCCGCAGUAGGGCGCGACGAGGUGGCGCCCGAGGCGGACCCGAGGGUGCUGUGCGAGGAGUCCGUUGUCCCCGACGGGUGGGAGAUCAUCUUUGAGCUGCCCGACGUCCUCACGGCGCAGCGCCAGGAGAUGACGUUCCACAUUUUCAGCGCUCAGGGGGAGACUAUCAGCGAGGUAGUUGUCGACGAGCACCGGCCAGCCGGUGAGUGUGGCAUGCGUGUGGCGCAGAUGGACGGAAGGCUGAUGGGCACGGUGCACACCGAUGCGGUUCACAGGCGGCGCGGAGGCAUGCCACACAUCUGCCGUCCGUGCGGGGCUGUCUUUGGCACCCUGUCGCGGGAGGACUCCGCGGGCGCGAGCCGCUACGCGCUUCGCGGGGAGGACUGCAGGCUGCUGUUCGUCUUCAAGGGCGACUUUCAGUGCAGGAGAGUCAGCGUGCUGAGGGCGGACGACGGGCAGAAGGUGUGUGUCGUCGAGCCAGCCCCGAGCUCGGACCUGCGGGAGCCCCGCUACCAGGCAAAGGUCUGCGAGGGCACCGACGCCAGCGUGGUGCUCUGCGGGCUGCUCGCCAUAGACAAGGUGCACGGAGGCCGAGAGUCUGAGUGA